ACCUCCAACCGAACCGAACCCAACCGAACCCAACCGGGACCGACGAACCUCCAACCGAACCGUCCAACCCCCCCCGGCCCUUUAAUCCUAUAGAGCUCCGACAACUCCCGAACUGUCCAACCGAACCCGACGACUCCCGAACCAUCCAACCGAACCGAACCGAACCCAACCGGGACCGCCGAACCUCCAACCGAACCCCCCACCCCCCCCCUUUAAUCCCAUAGACCCCAUAGACCCCAAUCCCGCAGCGCAGCCCCGACGUCGCGCACCCGCCGCCCGCCCCAACCGCGGCCCCGGGUGUCGGUACCGCCCCGCCCCGCCCGAACCACGAGCGGAACGGAAACACGCGUGGAUGGAACGGCCGGACCGGGGGGCUCCAUAGGACAUAAAUAGGGCGGCGCUGCGGGAACGGAGCGGGACCGUCGGGGAAACACCGCAACAUGCGCGGCCCCGCCGUCAUCGUGGUCGCGCUCCGGGCGCUGUGCGCGCUCACGACGCUCAGAGGGACGGCGAGGGCGGUGAAUAACAGCGGGAGGUGGUGGGCGUGGGGUUAUGGGGUGUGGGAUAUGGUGUAUGGGAUAUCUGGGAUGAGGGUCGUCAAUAGGGGAUGCCGUGAGACUGCCUUCAUCUUCGCCAUCACCAGCGCUGGUGUCACACACUCAGUGGCUCGAUCCUGCUCCGAGGGCUCCAUUGAAUCCUGUACCUGCGAUUACCGACGUCGGGGUCCCGGGGGUCCCGACUGGCACUGGGGGGGCUGCAGCGAUAACAUCGAUUUCGGGCGACUUUUUGGGAGGGAAUUCGUUGAUUCCAGUGAAAAGGGCCGAGAUCUGAGAUUCCUGAUGAACCUGCACAAUAACGAGGCCGGGCGCAUGACCGUGUUCUCCGAGAUGCGCCAGGAGUGUAAGUGUCACGGCAUGUCGGGCUCCUGCACCGUCCGCACGUGCUGGAUGCGGCUCCCCACGUUCCGAGCGGUCGGCGACGUCCUCAAGGACCGUUUCGACGGCGCCUCCAGGGUCAUCUACGGCAACAAGGGCAGCAAUAGGGCGUCACGGGUCGAGCUGCACCACCUGGAACCCGAAAACCCGGCCCAUAAACCACCAUCACCCCAUGACUUGGUUUACUUCGAGAAGUCGCCCAAUUUCUGUUCCUAUAGCGGGAAGAUGGGGACGGCGGGGACGGCGGGGCGGGCGUGCAAUAGUUCGUCCCCUGGGUUGGAUGGGUGUGAGCUGUUGUGUUGUGGGAGGGGGUUUCGCACGCGCACCCAGCGUGUCACGGAGCGAUGCAACUGCACCUUCCAUUGGUGCUGCCACGUCAGCUGCCUCAACUGCACCAACACGCAGGUGUUGCACGAGUGUCUGUGAGCGCGAUGGCUGCAAUGGGGCGUGUGGGGCGAGGGAGUGGGGCAGGGGGGGACCCAGCUCCCCUUGGGGUCGGUGCCGCUGUAAAUAAGGUAUUUAUUGGGGGUGGGGGGGUCCACACUCUUUGGUGUCCCCACUCUUGGCCCUGUAGGGGUCCUGCUCUUCACACUUUGGGUCUUUGUACUUUGGGGAUCCCAAUCUCUGCCCCAUGAGGGUCCCGGUCUUUGUCUUCGUGGGGGUCCCAAUCUUCAUCCUUUGGGUAUCCCAAGCUUUGCCCUAUAGGGAUCCCGCUCUUCAUCCUUUGGGCAUCCCAAGCUUUGCCCUAUAGGGAUCCCACUCUUCACCCUUUGAGCAUCCCCAGUCUUUGUCCUGUGGGGUCCCAAUCUUCAUCCAUUGGAGGUCCCCACUCUUCAUCCUUUGGGUAUCCCAAUAUUUGCCCUACUGGGAAUCCCACUCUUCAUCCUUUGGGAAUCCCAAGCUUUGCCCUAUAGGGAUCCUGCUCUUCAUCCUUUGGGGAUCCCAGUCUUUGCCCCAUGAGGGUCCCGGUCUUUGUCCUGUGGGGGUCCCAAUCUUCAUCCUUUGGAGGUCCCCACUCUUCACCCUUUGGGUGUCCCAAGCUUUGCCCCAUUGGGGUCCCACUCAUCGCCCUUUGGGGGUCCCCAUCUUUGCCCUUUGGAGGUCCAAACUCUUCAUCCUUUGGGUAUCCCAAGCUUUGCCCUAUAGGGACCCCACUCUUCACCCUUUGAGCAUCCCCAGUCUUUGUCCUGUGGGGGUCCCAAUCUUCAUCCUUUGGGGGUCCCCAUCUUUGCCCUAUAGGGGUCCCACUCUUCACCCUUUGGGUAUCCCAAGCUUUGCCCUAUAGGGAUCCCGCUCUUCAUCCUUUGGGGAUCCCAAGCUUUGCCCCAUGGGGGUCUUUGUCCUGUGGGGGUCCCACUCAUUGCCCUUUGGGGGUCCCCAUCUUUGCCCUUUGAAGGUCCAAACUCUUCAUCCUUUGGGUAUCCCAAGUUUUGCCCCAUGGGUGUCCCACUCUUUGCACUCUGUGGGUCUCAUUCUUCCCCCUUUGGGGGUCCCACUCUUUGCCUUAUGGGAGUCCCCACUCUUUGCCCCAUAGGGGUCCCAUUCUUUGAUCUUUGGGGGUCUCAUUCCUUGCCCUCUGGGAGUCCCCACUCUUCACCCUUUGGGGGUCCCACACUUUGCCCCAUAGGGGUCCCAUUCUUUGCCUUAUGGGAGUCCCCACUCUUCCCCCUUUGGGGGUCCCACUCUUUGCCCCAUAGGGGUCCCAUUCUUCCCUCUUUGGGGUCCCUUUGCCCUAUGGGAGCCCCCCACUCUUUGGCCGGCCCCAGUCCCGGUUGAUGUUAUUUUUUAUACCAAGGAUUAAUUAAUGAUUAAACACUUCGCAGCAGCUUUGGCUGCUUUACGGGCUCCAGAGA